AGCACCAGAUUAGAAGAGGAGUCAUGUCAGAAGAAACAGUAAGCGAAUCACAGUUUUCCUUGAAGACAGCAGUACUAAGAGUGUUUGAUCUUCCUCUGUCUUGGUACUAUUCUCUCUCCCAGAUAAAAUUUUCACCAGUAGCAAAAAAGUUGUUUGUGGUAACUGCAGUGAGUGCUGUAUCUGUAAUUUUUCUGGCCCAUCACUUUAAAAGAAGACGUGGAAAGAAGAAAGGAAAAAUACUACCAUGGGAACCAGAGCACCUUGUACUUGAAUACACUAAAAGAGCAGCAUCAGACAAAGGUUCAAGUUGUUCCAGUAGUAGACAGAAUUUGACAUUAUCUUUAAGUUCUGCCAAAGACAAAGGAUCUCAGUCUUGUAACUAUGCUAAUGGAGGACUUUUCAGUAAAUACUCAGGUUCUGCACAGAGUUUAGCCUCCGUCCAGAGUGUCAAUUCUUGUCAUAGCUGUGCUUGCGGCAAUUCUAACUCCUGGGACAAAGCAGAUGAAGAUGAUAUUAAACUUGUUAAUAUUCCUGUGACCACUCCUGAGAACUUAUACUUGAUGGGUAUGGAGUUGUUUGAAGAGGCAUUGCGUCGAUGGGAGCAGGCUCUCACCUUUCGAAAUAGACAGGCUGAGGAUGAAGCCUGUAGUUCCAUUAAAUUGGGUGCAGGAGAUGCCAUUGCCGAAGAAAGUGUAGAUGAUAUUAUUAGUACUGAAUUUAUCCAUAAACUUGAAGCUCUGCUGCAAAGAGCAUAUCGUCUCCAAGAGGAGUUUGAAGCUACCCUGGGAGCAUCUGAUUCUAAUUCCCUUGUUAAUGAUAUCGAUAAAAAUACAGAUACCACCAUGAAGGGGAGUAUGGAUGAAUUUGGCCUGCGAGACUCCUUGAGUGUUGCAUCAACUGAUUCCUUUGCUUCAGCAACAGAGCUUGCAGAACACAGAGAAGGAUGACAUGCUUACAGUCUAGAGUCUCUCUGCCACUGCCCUUUUUAUGAAGAAGCCAUGCAUUUAGUUGAAGAAGG